CUAUUUCAUCCCUGUGAACUCCAGAAACAUAUAAAUCCACCCUACAUAUUUCCAUUUUUAUCAUCAUCCAACCUUUACCCCUUUCUAUCCCACUAAAACUCUCAAUUCUUCCUUUUUUUUUCUUCCUAUAUUUACAUGGGAUCAUCCGAAAGACCAAAGAAGAAAGUCCACUUAUGGAAGAAAGCCACAGUCCAUUUCUUGUUAUGUUUCAUCGUGGGAUUCUUCACUGGCUUUGCCCCUACAAACAAGUCUUCUUUCUCUCCUACUAAUAAUGUUAUUCCAUCCAACGGUUCACAGGAGAUUUCUCCACCACCAGAAAAAAUCCUUGACCGAGUUCCCGAACAAGAAAGUGGGAAUUUUGAUAGGAGCAUGUUGGAUGAAUCUUUAUCAAUGAAAGUGCACGAAAGGCCUAAUAUUGGUUCAAUUGAUGAGGAGGGUAAAAAGGUAAUUUUGACUAAAGAGAAGGGCGAAAUGGUAACUUUGACUCCCCGAAGGCUUGUGAUUAUUGUUACUCCAAUGAGCGAUAAAGAUGAGCUUCGAGGAGUGUUUUUGAGGAAAAUGGCAAACACGUUGGCGUUGGUCCCACCACCAGUGUUGUGGGUAGUUGUUGAAUCACAGUCUGAAUCCGAUGAAGUAUCGGAUAUUUUGAGAAAAACCAAUGUGAUGUAUAGACAUUUGGUGUUUAAGGAGAAUUUUACGGAUGUGGAAGUGGAAAUGGAUCAUCAAAGAAACGUCGCGCUUAAACACAUUGAAUAUCAUAGGUUAAGUGGAAUUGUUCAUUUUGCUUCACUCUACAAUGUUUAUGAUCUAAGCUUCUUCGAGGAGAUUCGGGGCAUUGAGGUUUUUGGGACAUGGCCAAUGGCGUUUUUGUCAGCAAAUAGGCAAAGGGUGAGAAUUGAGGGACCAGUUUGUGAUUCUUCAGAAGUUAUAGGGUGGCAUUUGAAAAGUUUGAACAAUUCAGCAGAUGAUGCGACCAGAUCACCUGUUCACAUCUCAACCGUUGGAUUUAACAGUUCGAUUCUGUGGGACCCGGAAAGAUGGGGCCGGCUUUCAUCUGCCCAACACACAUCUCAGAAUUCUAUAAAGUUUGUUAAAGAAGAGGUCCUUGAAGAGGAAACAAAGUUAAAGGGGGUCCCACAUGAUGGGUGCUCCAAAGUCAUGCUAUGGAAUCUUCAUAUUCCAAAGAGUAAUUAGCGCAGUAACCAAAUGUUUUAUAUCAUUCAUCAAUUUUGUUUUAGUU